GGCUAACGUCCAGCAGUAAAGUUGAAACAGACUGUAGUUCUCAUUUGUAGCUGGACGUGGUUGUCGUUGUUGCGUUUGCAGGGCGUUUUUAAUUUAAAAAAUAAAAAAUAAAAAUAGCGUAAUUUGGCGGUUUUCUGAAUGGAGUAUUGUGGAGUAUCAUCCGUCCAGAACUUAGAGGCUCUGUCUGCCCUGUUGUCCACUCAGCAGGAGGAAGAGGAGGAUGAAGACUGUCGAAAUGCAGCAGCUUGUGCACACCUGGGUCCUGGACACAUCGGCCCCCCAUCCAAGAAAGAGAAUGAAGUAUCAAGUGCCUACAUGAAGAAGAACAGUAAAGAUAUCUGGAGUGAGGACGAGGUCUCUGAGGGCUCCCAGUAUGAUGAUGUGAUUGAUUCACGGCCACAACCUGAGUAUGAAAUAAUCCUGAAGCAGAGUGUGGGGACAGAGGAUCUGUUUUUGGGAUUAAGUAGAAAGGACCCGUCCUCCAUGUGCUGCGAAGCCAUGCUGGUGAAAAUCAAACUACCCGACACUAAAGCGACAGAGGUGGUCCUGGAUGUGAAAGAGAAGUUCCUUGAUCUACGGACGCCAAAAUACAAACUGGGUCUCCAUCUCCCUCAUCCGGUCCACAGCCAGGAGGGCAAAGCUCAGUUCUUCAGCGAGAGGGAGGAGCUGGAGGUGACUCUGCUAAUGAAGCGUCCCCUGGACUUUAUCAACAUGCAGUGAGGAAAGGAUGAAAACAAGCCACAAGUGUCCAGAAGAGACAGAAAAGAUAAAUCACACUGCCUUACCUGUGGGGGAAAAAAACAGAACAGGACAGAGAGAUGAUCAGCAGGAAACCUUCAUAUUUCUGUGAACACUACAGGAGUCUUUGGUACAUGUGUGAUCAUUCCUUCCAUUAAAACUU